AUGACCUUUAAAAAGAGCUCGAUAAUUUUUCUAAUAUUUUCUUACAGCGUAUUUCGUACUUUGGGAAAAGACAAUGUGAUAAUUCGAUGGAAUAGAGAAAGUUUUUUACAAAAUUUGAAAAGUAAAUUUAUAAAUUUCAUUGCAAAUAAAAAAGGAUUUGAUAGAAAUGGAUGGAUUAAUAUGUCUUCAUCAAAAGAGAAGUAUAGCUACAUAGAUUUAAAAGUAGAGAAGGAUACUAUUAUAUGUAAUGAAGACAAUAAGGUAGUUGAGGUGCAAUUAGUGAACCAGAAAGUAAUAAAACAUACAGGUGAGGCAACGUAUCUCGAAUUAUAUCUACGAGCGAAAAAUGUUCAAUCCAACUCGGAGUUCAACUCAAAAGUGAAGGCAUUGACUCAGUCAACGUCGAAGUCUAGGUAUAUGCCUGUCACUAGAAUACCUUUGAAGAAAUUUGCAAAAACUUUUGAUAAUAGGUUGUUUGACGCCUACGAGGAUAACAGCACUAUCAGCGGUAGUACUAGAGGUAGCGGCAGUGGUGGCAAAGAUGGCGGUAGUCUAGCCACAAAUUUCGAGGGAUACUUGGUCUGCACGAAGAAAGAUACGAACGCACUACUAGUGCCUAAGAAGAUUGAUACAGUUGAAUUUAUAUCCCCCCCGUGGAAAGUAAAAGUAAGCGUUGAUUUCUAUAAAUGUCCACUCUCCAAUUUUGGAAGAGUUUUCCUUAUAACAAUAAUAGACCAAGUGAACAUUCUAAUGAAUAAUAAGAGAUAUUUUAUAUGGCCUAUACCAUUAAGCUCUUUUUCCGAAGUGUAUGAUUUCCAUAUGGCUGUACAUGAUAGUAAAAAAGGAAAAUUUUGUGAAUUAGAAAGACUUAUUAAAGAUAAAUCUCUACAAUUGAAUUGUCCUAGUUGGAAUGGAUCAUACAACCAUGGUAUUACAAAUGCUCUUCUCUUAUCAGCAUAUAUGGGAAUGGCUUCUAUACAAGGCAUAUCAUAUAUAUUAACGAAAAAUAUAACUCAUCAUGAUAUUAGAAAUUGUUUUAUUAGGAAUAAAAACAGCUCAUCAGAUUGUGGGAAAACAGGUGCAAUUACACUCCAAGAUUAUAACAAAUUUUCAAGUGAGGAUGAAAACAAACAACAACUUAAUGAAACACAUGAGGAUAGUAAUAAUAUGCAAAAUCAAAAAUUAAAAAGAGCAAAUAUACUUAGCAACGUAGUAUUUGUAUGUCUAUCGGGUUUAUCAAAUGUUCUAUAUGGUAUUAAAUUAAUUAUACAAAUAAUAAAAAAUUUAGAAAAUAUUAAUAAGGAUUUUGAUAAGGCACUCUUAUUUUAUCCAUGGGUACUAAAAUAUCCAAAAACAUAUUUCCAUUCAAGUGCUACAAAAUUUGAGGAAAAUAACAUAUAUAAUAUCAUGACAGGACAAAGUGAAACAGAGGAAAAAAUACAAGACCAUAAUUCUUCUAAUGAUGAAAAAGAAAGCAUAAAUGGUGUUAAUGAAAAAGAAAGCAUAAAUGGUGUUAAUGAAAAAGAAAGCAUAAAUGGUGUUAAUGAAAAAGAAAGCAUAAAUGGUGUUAAUGACAAAGGAAGCAUAAAUGGUGUUAAUGAAAGGGAAAACAUAGAUAAAGUGAAUGGAAAAAAAGAAUUAAGUGAAAAAAAUAAAGAUACAAAAGUAAUAAAACAAGUGGAACACCAUAUUUUUAGCAAUUAA